GCCCGACCCUGAAGGCAGCAGGCUCGCGUCUCUCAAUGGUUCUUGGUGAUCUGGUCAUGCUCGUUGUCUGAGCCACACGGCUGACAUGGCGGCCGCUCUCGGGAACGGCUCGUCCCGUGCUUCUCCCGAAGCUCAGCAUCGCCGUCUCUCCUGGGCUGUGCUGGUCCUGACCCUCGCUGCCGUCACCUCCUCGUCCCUCUCGGUCCUCUCGCUGUACCACAUCCUCGCCCUGAAGGCCGAGGUGAUUGGCCUCCAUGCUGAGCUGAGCCGGAGGAGGGGUGAGCAGCAGAGCGUGUCCAUGCAGCGGCUGGCCGGGCGACCUCAAGAACCUCAGGAGACCCACGCUGGCCAGAAGAAGACUCUGGAUCCCGUAAACGGUAAACUGAACUCCAAUCAUCAUCAUCAAACAUCUCAACCAGAUGUGCACAGCAUAAAGAAGAGGUCUUCUGAAAAAGUGUUGCAGCCCUGUUUGCAGAUGAUGACCAACAGCAAUAGAGAGCCUACCCUGCAAGGUGAAGCCUGCUGUGGGUGGAGCCUGCUGUGGGUGGAGCCUGCUGUGGGUGGAGCCUGCUCACAUGGUGUGCGUCUUUCAGAAGAACACACGGUCCUUCCUUGGCUGACCGGCCUCAGGCGGGGUACUGCCCUGGAGGAGAAGGAGGACGCCAUUCUUGUCAAGGAAGAGGGCUUCUACUUUGUGUACAGCCAGGUGUUUUACAUGGACACGACCUUUGCCAUGGGUCAUUUUAUCGUCCGAAAAAAGCAGAACGUCGUUGGUGAUGAACUGAAAAAAGUCAUUUUGUUCCGCUGCGUUCAGAACAUGGACCCGGACUUUCCUUACAACACUUGCUAUACAGGAGGCAUCGUCAAACUAGAGGUGGGAGAUCGCGUCGAGCUGCUGAUUCCCCGCAAAUCUGCCAACGUGUCUCUAGAUGGCGAUUCCACUUUCCUUGGUGCCAUCAAGCUGGUGUGAUCGCGCAUCCCUUAGGACGCUCCUAACAAACCCAGAAGGGCUACUUCCGCAGUGCGCUGCCUGAAACAUGUGGCAAAAGCUCACGGAGACUGCAAGCUACAUUUUAUUACUCAAGUGCAAUGUGGUCACUGCCCAAAUGCAGCAGGAGACGAAUUUCCCAACCGGUCCCUCGUCUACUGGCAGACCACACCCUAUGCACACACACUCUCAAUUAAAGAUUACAGCCCCUGUGUCCAUGGCAAGACUGCAUGCUGUAAACGUGGGGAGAAAGCACAAAGUACUACACUCAUCACUUGAACUAUAUUGAUAAGUUUUCCCCAUAAAAUAUCAUAAAGACAAACAUAUAAUAUCUAUAAAAUUAUAAAAAUGCUUAAAUUUUUCCUCUCUUAGUAUGGUCAAUAUUUUUAUUAAAAAUGCAUAUUGAGGCAUGAGCGGAAAUGGGAGAUAGCUGGUCAGUAUGUUUAACUGAAAUUUUAGGAUCUCCAUUUAUUGUAUUUUUGGACACUUUAUUGUAUAAAGGUUGUAUUUGACAUGUUCAAGCAGUACUCUGUUAUGACCUCUAGGUGCUAGCUGUGAAAGGUUGUCUUAGUUUGUGUUUUGCCUGUAAUUUUUUUAUAUUAUUCACCCAUCCAUCCAUUUUCCAAACCGCUUAUCCUACUGGGUCGCGGGGGGUCCGGAGCAUAUCCCGGAAGCAAUGGGCACGAGGCAGAGAUAGUGGGCCAGCCCAUCGCUGGGCACACUCACACACCAUUCACUCACACAUGCACACCUACGGGCAAUGUAGCAAGUCCAAUUAGCCUCAGCAUGUUUUUGGACUAUGGAGAGAAACUGGAGCACCCGGAGGAAACCCCACAACGACAUGGGGAGAACAUGCAAACUCCACACACAUGUGACCCAGGCGGAGACUCGAACCCGAGUCCCAGAGGUGUGAGGCAACAGUGCUAAGCACUGCACCACCAUGCCGCCCCUUUUUUCAUAUUAUUUAAAUGGAAAUUUUUGUACUGGAGGAAAUUGCAGCUUCUCUUACAGUAUAUAUUUUGUUAUCUAAGAUUCUGCUACUUAGAGCUUGGAUACCUUCGUAUAACUUUUGGUAGAUAUUCCACUUGCAAGCUGACUGAGCUUUAAAAAUCAAUUACAGAUGCGGGUACAUUAAAGAAAAUCGAGUCGUCCGUAAUUAUGGAAAGAAAUGUUGGAUCUAUGGGGAAAACUGAACAAGCUUAUGCUGAGGAGGUCACUGUACACUGCAUGUUAAAUCUGCCAUUCUUAAACUUCUAAGAUGUUUUAUAAUCUUUCUUUUUUUAUAUGUAAAACUCGCUCUGGAGCAAUUGUGGUGAAACUUCAAAAAACAACUAUAAGAUUUUGUUUCUGCAAAAAUAGCUCAUGAAAGUUAGCAUUUAGCAGGAGGAAGUGAAUUGGAUUGUAGGUUAUACUUGCACAUUAUUAAAACAGAUCAAGAAUAAUAAAAACUGUUUUUUAAAUGUUA